UUCGAAUGACUCGACUUGGUCUCUCUAGCUAGCUAGCUACUGUACGGUAAUACCUGGUACGGGUAUUAAUAGUACAUGUAGCUCGGUAGUAGCUAGCUUUGUAGCAGACGAUAGAAGCACGAGGAUCUAGCAGUAGAGGAUCUCCUGUGUAUGCAGAGGAUCAACAAGCUACAAGAAGAGGAUACCCCACCAUCUAGCUAGUAGCUGUGCCGGUCUAUGUACCGUAGCUAGGUAGCACGAUUGCAGCGCACCUUUGACUCGAAACUUCCAACACCUGCAACAUGUUUGGCAGAACCAGCCACCUGGCAAGCCAAUAUUCGAAACACUACGAUUCAAUUCUGGCAACAACAGAAUAAGAGCAACGUGACAAGGAACAUUGAUUCCUUUACCAAUUACUAAUGUAAACACAGUAUUGCCCAUUGCCAGAUCAGACUUGCACUGGUGGCGGCCACCCAUGCACUCUCGAUACGAGUGACGAGGUGAGGUCGUAAAAGCAAUCAUGCUCCGGAAGAGCUGCUGAAACUUGGGGCGAACUGCUGUGACGGCCACUCUUGAAAUCAACAGGGCUAAGAAAAGCAAAAAACAGAACACUGAUGUCCCAGCAGACAGUUCUUUUCCUUCGGCAUCAGACACCUUCCUCCGCUGUGUCUCGAUAGAGAUCUUGGAUGUGGAUUUGAGCCUGCAUACUUGCAGUGUUCCAGAUUUGGAACGUCUCCGUUACGAAAAACCAAUGAUGUACCACUUUUAUGGGAAGUGUUUGGCCAAACCAAAAUUUCGAUCCACCUUGUUUCCGUUGCCAACCACAGUUUAACCCUCUCCUGUCACACUUUGCAAGAAAGGGGCUCCACGUCCCUCAGCUCGACCAAUCAAUUUCUGACGUACCCUGCCCUUCAUUCGUUACUCCAGAGUGCUUUGGAACAAUAGAUUUAGUAAUUUCAAAUUGUGUGUCUUUCGGCCACGAUUCUGAUACAACUUUAGAUUAAACAUGUUUCAAAGUAGUAAAAAGACUAGAUUCACUGCACUUUCCCUGAAAAAUCUAACUUGAUGUGCUUUGAUGGCCACCAGUCCCCGCUGGGAUUUCAGUUCCUCACCUAUUUUAGUGCUACAUCGGGCUUCGCGUAGAAACACUACCAGUUCCUACCACGAGCGAUUGGAACUGGAAAUGGAGAUGUCAAUUGAUCAAGGCAAGGUUGAGCCUCAGCAUUGGAGAGUGCUUUACCAAAAUUACCACGCAAAACAACGAGUAAAGUUUCAUUGCUAACCGAUCCACCAUGGCGGCCGACAACCCUCUUGAAGGAGCCGGCUGGCACCUCUCACCCUUGCAAGAUGACAGUGUAAUAUCCGCCGAACACCUGGCCCUGGUAGACUUUGCCCAGAGACUUGGAACCGUUACACAGAAUGAUGAGCCCGACAAUGCUGUUGAUGUGAGGCAGCACGCGAACCUCCUCAUGAGUUUGCUCUCCUCGCCUCCUCACGUCGUCAGCGAUGAUACAGAACACUCCUCGACCUCUGCCUCGUCGUUGACUGGGAGUGCUGCUGGUACCACUGUUAAUGACCAGCACUACUUGUCGGAUGCUUCGAAUUCUACAGCCACAACCUCUUCUUCGACACAACGCCGCGAUAGCUUCCGCUUUAGCCAUCCCUCUCUGUCCUUGGAUAGCAAGUGGAAGGCCUCCUUUCCCAUCCGUACACCUUGUACGGCACCCGAGAAGGAAGACGGAGCGGUGGACUCUCAGCCUCCUGCGGUCUUGUUGGGCCGAGCUUUGAAGGUCGAUGAUCGCGAAGCCCAUCGUCUGUCUGCCGAUGCCAUGGCCAGGAACCUGCUGUUGUCGAUCCAGAAAGCCAUCAAGUGGAGAAUCCAAUCCUGGAUGGAUACGCUCUCACAGUCUCUGGUUCAUCAAGAGCAGACUCUGAUCCGUCUCAAUGCGACGGAAGAGGAAAUGCGAGAGCUGUUGAACACAAAGGAAGCGAGCCUCUAUGUGAGCCUCCGUCGUGUCGCUGAGAGCAUCAAAGUGCUGCAUGCAGAGACAUGCUUCCAUGUGCUCCCUCAGAGGGCACAACGGGAACAUCGCAAUGAAGAGGAUGUUGACAGCAACGCUCCUAUUCAAAAGCGACGGAGGGUAGAGAGCGAAGACAGCGAGCUGCGAGGAAUGGGGGAGACAGAGUACAAGUACACUGUAGGUCACGUAUUGGAGUUUGAUGGAACCAUCCAUCUCAAGACUCCUGCUGGGUACAGUGAGAUUACCGUGGAAGUUCCUGGGAUUAUUGAAGGCACCUUUCUCAGUGCUGACCCGGGUAUGGAGGACCUGACGGGUGUCGAGGUGGAGAUUGACACCGAUGUCUUGGCGUCCAUGGUAGAGAAGAGCUGCCGUGUCAUUGUUCGCUCCUCUUUGGAGUAUGUCUUCAAGGAAAUGGCCGAGCGUCAGGCUGAGGAAGAGGAGAGUGAAGAGGAAAGUGUGGCGGCUGAGCGUGAUGCUAUUUCUCCCUAUCCUCGCGGACAUGGGGCAUCAUUACUGGUGGGUAGCCCACGAUGUGGGUCGGCUGCCAUUGUCACUCCUCGUUGUGGGAAACCCGCUCCUAUCAUGGGCACCGCAGAGCCUGGGUUCCUUCAGAUCCCUGAUGAUCUGGAUGACACGACGCGGAAGCCUCGAAGAAUCACUCCUCAUCCUCACUCGCCCGAUACUACUAUGGGGGCCAGUCCAUUCACCCCAUCCACACCCAGCAAGAGCGACCUCAAGCGCCCACUGCCUUCUAUGGUCUCGCCUGCGCCGAAGGUCGAAUUCAUUCAAGACACUGGCUUCAAGUUGGCCAAGCGAGGAGGACAGGCAGAUGCAUCGAAUGGUCCAAAUCUUCCCGUCCUCGUCGAGGUCGCCUGUGCUGCCAUGCAGGCUAAGGCGAAUCUUGUUGGCCAAUAGAAGUGUUCGCAAAAGAGAGCUGGUGUAGGCGCCGCCUACCCUUCUCCGAACAAACAACCUUUUCACACGCAAACAUUUUCAUGACAUCCAUCACAACGUUAGCGUGGUGGAUGUUUUCAUACCUUGGACUUGGCAACUGUGCCACGUGAUUGUUACCUAUUCAUAUUGUUUUCCAGUGCAGAUAUUUGUAAUUCAAAACCAACGAAGCCGAAACGCCGAUCAAGGGAAUGUGUUGGUUUCUAUUCAAGCUUUUACAUGCAUUCCCAGUUUUCAUAGAGCCAUGUGCGCCCGUGCAGCUACAGGAGUUAAGUUUGUUGCAGAUCGGGACAUUCAUCAUGAGAGUGGACAAGAGGGAAGUAGUCUUGUCCGCAUUUGAUGUAUUUUAUAAUAAUUUGUGCUAAGCGCUCAUUUUAUAUUC